AUGGAAGAGGGUGCCGGCGUGAUUAUGAGACGGAAGAAGUCGUCAAGGACUGGGCGAGCAGGAGAUUUAGCUGCCAUCAGAGAAACAACCGAUGAACAGAGGACGUCGCCAGCAUUUGGAGAGAAGAAUCGAGAAACCCAUUUGUAUCUAUAGAAGAGUAAGGGACAACAUUUCUUAAAGAACCAAAGAAUUCUGGAUUCCAUUGUUCGGAAAUCCGCAAUAAAACCCACUGACACAGUCCUGGAGAUCAGACCCGGUACUCGGAACCUCACUUUGAAGCUUCUGGAAGUUUCCAGUAGAGUCAUCGUCGUUGAAAUCGACGGCCGGAUGGUUGAGAUUCUUCUCAAACGAGCCUCUGAGUGUGGGUUUAAAGAUCGACUGUGUAAGUCUGUUAUACGUGAGGAUGCCCUGAAGACCUAGUUUCCUUAAUUUAACCUCGUUGUUGCCAACAUUCCGUACAAUAUAUCUUCACCUCUCGUGGCUAAAUUGGUGUAUGGAGCGAAUCCUUAUCAGAGUUCCACACUUCUCCUUCAGAAGGAGUUUGCAAAGAGAUUGUUGGCCAAGCCUGGAGACUCGGAGUUCAACCGAUUGGCUGUGAAUGUGCAGCUUGUGGCCGAUGUCGAGCAUGUUACAGACGUUAGCAAGAGGGAGUUUCUUCCUUGUCCAAAAGUUGACUCUUCUGUCGUCAUAAUCCGUCCAAAAGCCCAUUUUCCCGAUGUCAACCUUGACGAGUGGGGGGCUUUCACGAGAACUUGUUUUGGUAAGAAGAACAAGACGCUUGGAGCAACAUUUAAACAGAAGAAGAAGGUUAUGGAGCUGUUAAGGUUGUCAGAAAUGGUGGCCCUAAAUGGUGAAAAUACUUUCGAUCUCCGCGGCUAUGAUUCUACCAACCUCAAGGAAGUGGAAGAAGGCGGGGACGGUGAUGGGGAAGAGGAAUGUUUUUCAUCUUCAGGCUGCAAAACUAGGGUGAGUCUUUUUUGGGAGAAAGUCAUAAGAGUUCUAAAAGCUGGUGGUUUUGAAGACAAGAGGCCUUUAAAACUGUUACAUGAGGAGUUACUGAGUCUACUAGCGUUGUUUAAUCAAGCUGGAAUUUGUUUGCAUGAUCGGUCGAAUAGUGGAGCUAUAGGUAAGUAUGAAGCAUUUGAUGAGUCUAUAGUGCGUAGCUAUGUUGAAUUUUCACCAUUUCAAUCAUUUUUCAUAUAAAAAUUUUGAUCUCCCGGUUCCACAUUUUUCCUCCCGACUUUGGACAGUGCUUAUCACUCUUUAACGGUUUGAAUUUGAA